GUCUGCAGGCAGCCUCAACAUUUCGAUGUGACCCUAGAGGACCAUAGGAGAGAUUACCACAGACCGUAAGUCAACACAAUACCACGGAGACUCUAUGUACGCUUGAGCGAUCCACCGUGUGCUUGUAAUUGUAGGAACACCAGUCCACGUAAACACGACCGGGCCACAUAGUGCACUGACGGCCCUGCCACUCUGCAUGUGUGAUUUCACUUCGACAGGAAGUCACCUGGUCUGUUUUUGGUGGGAAGUUUUUACAGCACAAAUCUUUGCAGUUAUUGAGACGUUCAUAUCUUUGCAUAACUGUGCGGUGACUGUACACACAGGCGGCGAUCGGCUGCACUUUAGCCCCGUGGAGUUGUGUGCCGCAGUGCGAGUGCUCGCUUGCGCAAGCUUGCACCAGCUCUAUGCUUGUACACAGUGUAGGAUAGGAUGAGCUUUCGUGAGAUCAGCAGGUGCAAGAAAUGUGCUCUUUCAACGUGUUGAAUGGGCAACCAAGUGAAUACAUUCUUGGAAUGCUCCCCCAGGGCAUCAAACUCUAAGAGUUAGAAAAAAAGGGCCAUGCAGGGCUGAGUCAUCAUUAACGUCCAGGGGCCUAGAUCCAAGAGGAGUGCAGCAUCUUGGUCGCUCUGGGAUGUUGCCGGUUUGAUGGAUUAAUAAGGAGGACAUUUCUGGCACUUACACAUCUCAAUAUCUCUGCCUCAUUUGCCUCGGCAACAGCCGGUGUGGAAUGCUGCGGAUCUCCCUCACCGAACCACAUCAGCACGUUACUGUUUUGUCUGAUACAUGUAAGAAUAAACAAUAUCCAGCAAGAAUUUGUUUACGAAGUGCGGCUGUAUUAAGCUGUUCACAGUCAUCGUGCCAAAAGACUGAUAAGAAUCGGUGGCCGUAAAUAGCAGAUGGGAUUUGUUGGAAUUUGUCCGUCUGCAUCACUGGAAUAUUGUGAUUUCUAUUGAGUGGAUAAAUUGCUACAGGACAGCACUGCUCAUUGUACAGUUUGGAUGAUAUGUAUACUACGACUUGCAUCUGCUUUGCAAUCAAACUGGAUAUUUACAUCUUUGAUGCUAGAGUGAAUAUUUGAGAUUCAUCAUCGUGUGAAGUUGUAACACAAAAAAUGUGUAUAAAAUCCUUAACAAGACAGGACAAUUACAAUGUUUCCCUUGAACUCGUGAAUGCAAAGUCAUCUAUUCUAUGGGACUGUAAUUGAUUUGCAGGCUGCAUGCCUUGGAAUGCAAGUACUUGUACUGCCGAAAGUCAGUUUGAAUUUUACACAGACGAACUUUGAAAUGACACUGUUGUUCUUCAGGAGUUUGUUGGAGGAUAAAGAGUACGUGUACUUUGUGAGAGAAUAAGUGAAAUGCAGAACAUCAUGGAUAAAUACAAAUUCGCCAAAGAGAACUUCCGUCACAAUUUUUCUGUCACCUUUUUGUUGGUGGUUGUGAGUGUUCAGUGUGUUGUUGUGCAGGCUCUGUUGACAUCUAAUGUUUCCUUCUCCAUGGAGCCAGUCAGUACCUGUCUAAACUUCUACUCCAUGCCUCUUCCCCCGCCGGUGUUCUACUGUAAAGUUGAAGGAUUAAAGGUGGGCAUGCAGGUACUGUGGCUUCGAAAUGAUGCUAUCAUUGGACCAGAAGAUUAUGACAAUGGAGAUUUUGUCUUGAUGGAAAAUCUUGCUGAGAGGAUCUAUGAACUCAAGAUUCAGCGAAAAAUUACUUGGAACGAUGAUCGUAGUCGGUACACCUGUGCUGUUUAUCGUGUUACCAAUUCAUCAGACCAAUCAGAGUGGACUUUAUUAAAGCAUUCACAUGUGGCAAAACUUAAGGUCAACUUCUAUGUCCCUGAGAGGAAAUAUCCAGAAUGCUCUAUACGUGUGGCUCAGCCCUCAUCACCCUCAUCAUCAUCUGCCAAAGUAACAGCAUACGAAGAUGGUAGAGGCUUUACAAUAGUUUGCUGCUCUGAGAUAGUGCAUCCUGAGCUGAGUUUGGUCUGGCAGAGAGGAAAUAACAAAGGGAUGGUGGAACUGGCACGUCUGAAUACCUCGCGUGAAAGUGCAAAAGAUCAGAAUGUGUGUCUUACUCUUGAUGUCACCGAUCAUCAGAGUGAAUAUACUUAUAGCUGUCAUCUCACCAUUGCACGAGCUCCAAUCAGAACCGAGUGUCGGAAGAAAUUUCAAGCGUCAAAUGACACGAUAUGGCAUGAGAAACAAGAGCGUACUUGCAGCUUUCGAGAUCGAGGUAUCAACCUUCUUCAGCAGAACACGGCCAGUGUCGAGAACGAUGCAGCAUUCACCUGCUACUCCAAGGGAGCCAUCAAAUUCCUAUGGCAAUUUUCCCCAAGGUUAGACAGGAACAAGAACCAGUACCACCUUUCCGACGAUGGGGCUUCAGUCUUACUCAACCUUGACAGUCUCAGCCACAUGCAAUACAACAUCACCUGUGUGGCUGUUGGAGAGAACAGCAUUGGAUCCCGUUCCCUAAUCAUCGAGAUCAGUCCGUCUGACUCCAGAGUCCAGAGCAUUAGGAUUGUGGCCAUAACCCUUGGAGUGCUUGUGGUACUUGUCAUGAUCCUCCUCAUUCUCUACGCUGUCAAGACCAGACUCCUGGAUCGUAGCAAAAAUGACCACAUCAGAGGACUCACCCCGCAGGAGAUGAGAGCUCGAAUUCAGAUUCGCCGCAACGUUGCUGGAAACUCUGGGGGGAUAUACACCUUUCCCUCAUCACGGAUGGCCAGUUCGAGCAUCACGCCGCUGAUGGAAGGACCGGAGGAAAUGGUGACUACAGUCGAGCAUGAACGCCCUCCAAGUCCAAGGCCACCACGCCCAGGAAUGAUGCGACCGGGAAGCCAUCUGCCAGUGCAGGGAGCAGUCGGUGGCAUCAUUCUUGACGAAGAAGAGAUGGUGGAGUGCGAGUAUCGAGAUGAGUCCGAGGAGGAGGAAUUUGAGUUUGAUCCAAAGAAAAUGAAUGUGGAAGGACUGCAGUAUGCCGAUUUGGAGUUCAGCGAGGAUGAGGACGAUAUCAAAGAUACAGUUGAGGAUGACUCGGAAUCAGGGGAUGACGAGAGGAACAAAAAGAGCAAUGGUGCCCCCCCAGUAGGGAAACCAAAGAUAGACUACGCCAACAUCGUGCACUUUGACCCACGUAGGAACAGUGAGCCUCGAAGGGACAGUGAUUCACGCUGGAGCACUGCUGAUCCAUGGAAGAAGAACACAAAUAUUUAAGACUUGAUGCACUUGUAACUCGAAAGCCAUCAGAAGUUCAACAUGGUAGGAUUCUGUUACCCUUCGGUGGAGCUAUAUGGUUAUGAAUACAUCAACUGUUGUGUGUUGAUGUUUUUAUCCUUAAAUAAUCAGUUCUCAAAUCGUUUAUGUACUUUCAUCUCUUUCAAUAUGUUUUUUAUAAAUCUGGGUGAGUAGGGCUAAGGCCUAAGGGGACUCACAUGUGGCCAGGACCUUCCACAAUUGGAAACUCUUAAGUUUUCUAGUGCUUGACAGCUCUGUUAUAAUUUCUAAAACUUGAAGGUAGCAUGACUAUUGGCCAGAUAAUUCUGAGUAACCAAAUGUAAACUUGGGUUUAAAGAAGCAGCGUGUUUUAAAUGUCAUUGUUGCCUUAUAUGCAUGACCUAUCAAUGGUGAAUGAGAGCGCCAGACUUGCCAACUUUUUAUAAUUACCAAUUUGCUCAUAACACAUACUCGAUUUAUUUUGAAGUUUUGAAACUAAAAUCUUUCAAAACACAGUUUUGUUCAAGUAAUUUUGUAAUUUCGGUUAAUUACAACUAUCCAGUCCCAGAAUUUGGAUCCUGUUCCAGAUAAGAAUGUGUGGUACCUGGUUUAGGGUAUUAUAACCAUGCUUGUCUUUGAUAUCAAAUUUCUGUGGAUUAAUUCGAACCAUGUUCACAUGCCUACUCCUUUACCUUAUUGUACCAACUGUCUGGUGCCCUCAUGUGAUUGAGUUUAACAAAAGACAACACCGAGGCAAAAAAGGCUUCACUGAAAAUGGUCUGUGUGCUUAUGUUUGAGCUUGAGGUUUCUGUAUUAAGAAGGUGAACAUUUUUGGAGAGGUAUUCUUUGUUUUAUAAACUGUCCAAGGAGGGAUAGGUACACGUGGUAAUUAUUUUGUACUGAGAAAAGUAACAGUAAUUUGCCUGUAUUCAGAACAAAAAUUAGUCAAUAUUUGUCUUGUGAACGCUGCAGAUGUAGACCCUUAGAUACAUAUACAUGUGUCAUUCCAUGAGGUUGGGGCACAGUUUGUGAUGGUGUCAAUUGUGUCAUGGCUUCUGUAAAAAUGAAGUCAUUCCCCUGCGUGUGGAUUCCAAAUUGACAUUGUUGAUACAACAUCUUGCAGGGUUGCAUACACAGAUAUCUGUUAUUUUUGCAGAAUAAAUGACCUACAUGUACAGAUCAUGAUAGGUGGUAAAAAUUACCGAUGUAACAAGGAUACCGUCACAAAUUGUGGCCAACCUCAUUGAAUGACCCAUGCGUGUAGUACAUGUAGUAUCACAUGUAUCCUUAGAUGUCUGAGAAACCCAACAUAACUCAACUGUAGUCUGUAGCUUACUAUUAACACGUUAGUUCUGACAUGAAGUAUUCAUUUCAUGUACUCUUUCAAUGCAUCUGAAAUUCCAAACAUCUCUUUAGUGACAAAUAUAAACUCUUUAUUAAGCCAACUGACAAAUCUAACUCAUAUAUUAUUCUGACGAUGAGACAUGCUUCAAAAAAAUUUUGCUGUAAAUACCAUGCACCUUUAAAUCUUUGUUUUAUAGACAUAUAGUCCUAAAAUUUGUUCACUUUUCACUGUAGGGACUGAAAUUCGUUUUCUUUGUUUGUGUUUCAAGACAAAAUGUGUUGUUUUCCCGAAAGGGACACCCUCCAAAUUGAAGAAGUACAUGUAGAUUGCAGAUGAAGUAAAUAUGCUUAACACAACACAUCGUUCUGAAUUUGGACUUUCCCAUAAAAAAGGCAGAAAGCUUAAUUUUUGUUUGACAUUAUGAGAAAUGCUGAAGAACUUUCAUACCAAGAAUGCUUAGGCCUACAUUUUAUGUUUUUGCCCACCUCUGUCUUGUUUUGUUAAUCAAAUUGUGUCAAAUCAAAGGUAUGCAUUUAUAAUCGAUUUGUUGUCUACCUUAAAGUAAAACUGAAAACGCA